AUGCAGGCCACUCCCAAAGGCCUCGCUGCAGCGCUGGACACCGCACCCCACCCGAGGCCCGUUCCCGCCUUCCCCACACCUAACCCGGAGGCCUUGCGGCUGCCAGCCAGGGGAGGGGCCCGCGCUGAGGCCCCCCCACUGCCCCGCUUUGCAACCGCGCAGAUUCCAGAGCCCGAGUCUGUAAAAUGUGGAGAGCCCGCCUUCCACACGGGCACGGUCCGGCUGAAAGCCUGCACACAGGGCUGGCGGCGGCCCACCAAGGCCGCCUCGUCCCCAGCCGUGCCGGCCUCAGAGACGGCCCCUGAGCGGCGGGCCCCCCAGGCCCCAGGAGGCAGGCUUUGGAAGGAUGUGAGAAUCGUCUGCUUCCUUCCUGCCUUCUCCGAGCCGCGGCCAGCCAGACCCUGCCCGCAAGGACCCCGAGGGGAGCGCAGCCUCCUCGGCGCGCGCGGGGACGCGCAUUACCGAGGGGAGGGAGACGGCCCUGCUACCGAAGCGCCCCCAGACUCAAGCCCCGACCCUCCCAGCUACCGCCAAGCGCCCGACUGUGUCAGAGCCCCAAGGACAAAGCUGCCCAGGGCCCAGGGGCUCCCGCCGUCCAGCGGAGCCCUCCCCGCCCGCUACUCACAGGCCAGGCUGCAGGCGGAGCAGGGCGCCCGCGGGCCCCGCGGGGAGCAGCAGCACCAGAGCCAGGGCCACCGCGCGCCCCGCCGCCCUCGCCUCCGGGAGGACGGGCAUCGUGCCCGAGGCCCCGCGCCGGGUCCCCGCUCUGGUCCCCCGCUCACAGGAGGCCCCGGCGGGCCCUCGGAGCCGCCGCCUCCACGUGCGCCAUGGCCCGGGGACGCGCAGGGCGCAGCCGCAGGUGCCCGCCGAGCCCCCGGGCGCCGCAGGUGCGGAAGGUCCGGUUCCCCGCCCGCCCGCGUCCGCCUCGCGCCACACUGCGGGCCCAGCCGGGUCGCCGGAGCCCGCCCGCCUUUGCCACGCCCCCGGCCCGGACCCCCGCCCGGGCCCCGCCCCCCACCCUGA